GGCUGCCGGCCGCAGACGUGAGGCUUUAAAGCCUGAGUCUGGGGCCGCUGGGCCAGAUUCUCGGACCUCGGCGACCUCUCCUGUGGCGGGCCGGCGGAGUGCGCCUGCGCAGUUGCGGCCGCCCCCAGAAUUUUGAGCCAUGAAUCUUUCACUCUUCCUGGCUGCCGUAUGCUUGGGAAUAGCUUUAGCUACCCCAAAACUUGAUCAAAAAUUUGACUCAAAGUGGCACCAUUGGAAGGCAACACACAAGAGACUCUACGGCACGAAUGAAGAGGAAUGGAGGAGAGCAGUGUGGGAGAAAAAUAUGAAAAUGAUUGAGCUGCACAAUGGGGAAUACAGCGAGGGGAAGCACGGCUUCACCAUGGAUAUGAACGCCUUUGGUGACAUGACCAAUGAAGAGUUCAGACAGGUGAUGAAUGGCUUUCAACACCACAAACACAAGAAGGGGAAAAUGUUUCAGGAACCUCUGUUUGGUUCUAUCCCCAAAUCUGUGGAUUGGAGAGAGAAAGGCUAUGUGACCCCUGUGAAGAAUCAGGGCCAGUGUGGUUCUUGUUGGGCUUUUAGUGCGACUGGUUCCCUAGAAGGACAGAUGUUCCAUAAAACUGGCAAACUGGUCUCACUGAGUGAGCAGAACCUUGUGGAUUGUUCUCGGCCUCAGGGCAAUCAGGGCUGCAAUGGUGGCCUGAUGGAUUUUGCAUUUCAGUACGUUAAGGACAACAGAGGCCUGGACUCUGAGGACUCCUAUCCAUACGAAGCAAGGGAUGCAAGCUGUAAGUACAAGCCCGAGUUUUCUGUAGCUAAUGACACUGGGUUUGUGGACAUCCCUCAGCGGGAGAAGGCUCUCAUGAAGGCAGUGGCAACUGUGGGGCCCAUCGCUGCCGCCAUUGAUGCAGGCCAUCCAUCCUUCCAGUUCUACAAGUCAGGCAUUUACUAUGAUCCAGACUGCAGCAGCAAGGACUUGGAUCAUGGUAUUCUGGUGGUUGGCUAUGGCUUUGAUGGUUCUGAUUCAAACAACAAUAAAUACUGGCUUGUCAAGAACAGCUGGGGUCCUGAGUGGGGCUCAGAUGGUUACGUGAAAAUGGCCAGGGACAAGGACAAUCACUGUGGAAUUGCUACUGCAGCCAGCUAUCCCACUGUGUGAGCUGAUGGAACCCUCACCAAAGACUGGAGGAUGGCUGGACAGCAUGUCUUGUUGGAUUUUUAUCUUCACACUGACCAAACCCUUUUCCAGUAAGACGGAGUACUUGAAUCAUUGUGGAUCCAAGUUAGAAUUUGAAUUCUGUGACAUUUUUACAAGGGUAAAAUGUUACCACUACUUUGACUCUUGUUAUAAACAACUUUAUAAUAUUGAAGACUCAUUGCUUAGUUCUAAGACUUGAAUUUUCAUUUUAUAAAAAGAUAUAUAAAGCUUUCUUUAGCUUUUAAAAAUAAAUUUUAGUUCAGUAUGUAGUGGUGGGACUUCUGUGUGUAACGUUGUCUUUUUUAUGUAGUCAGAAAAUGUGAUUGAGUCUAAAGACAUAAUUGUGUCCAUGGUACAAGAGAUGGAAGGUGAUGCACACCUUUAAUCCCAGCACCAUAGGGAGGCUGAGGUAGGAGCAGCAUCAUGAGUUCAGGGCCAGUCUGGGCUAGAGUGAGACCCUGCUUCAAAAAGCAGAAAAAUUGAUAUGAGAUGCUGGUGGUUGGUGGUCUUAUGACUCUAAAAUCUGUGUGCUUUUAACUAGUAGAGUCCCUUCUCAUUGGCUAUGUGCACCCUAUUUUACAGUUUUAUUUUUAACUUAUAUAAAGUUAUAUUUGAGAUAUAAUAAUAAGAGACAUUUUGAUACAUUGUGGAAUUAUUUUAUUGGGAUAAUAAGCUUGCUGUAUUACUUGUGAAAACAUUAAAAACCUUAUAUCUGUUUUGAAAUACACAGUA